GCCCAAUGGGCUUUCUGAUUGGAAUCACACCAUGAAAACUACAACUGUAUUAUUCACCACAAAAAACCACGAAGGAGCGUAACAGGGUGGGUCCAUGCAAUGGCGGGUAGUUACUGUAACCACCACCACCACCUUCUGCAGCUGGUGUUGUCGUGCCGGAAAAUCACAGCGCAGGUGAAAAACACCACCACGUCAUCCAUCAUAGCUAUGGCUUCCUCUUCUGAGCAGGAAUUCGUGGCCUACUAUCGUGCCCAGCUCAAUCGCUUUCCGAGAUCGCAACGCUUCUGGGACGCCAAAGUUGCAUCUCGCGUCGGGGAAAAGCUAGGGUUUCGACUCAGAGAAAUUGGCGUCACCGGUGUUCAAAUCGACCCUCGCGAGGAGCAAUCUCGCCCCGUCCAUUAUCGCAUGAUGGUCUCUCCCUUGUUCUAUUCCAUCAAACGCGCCGGCGUCCAGGUUUCCGGUGCUGAUAAAUUGGACCUUCCAUCUACCGGUAAGUUUCAAUUUUGAGUAUGAAGAUAGAUUAAUUCUCAUUUUUGUGCCAAUUAUUCACACCGAAUAAAAAUCCGACUCUGAGCUAUUAUUAUUAUUAUUAUUAUUAUUCGGAUGAUAAAUUGUUGUUUUGUACGACAGAAAGUGCUAACUGUUGUUAUUAUUUGUUU